AUGUUAUGCAUUCAACUAGCCUAUUUAAAUCAUCGUCAAUCAGGCGCACGUCAUUAUGUCCUUCUUGCAAAUGUUUUUCUACUUGUAGUCGUACAACAUGUUCAUGCUCGUGCAAAUCAACUUCGGUCUCAGGUCUCGUCAGCAAUGAUAUUUCGUCCAACAGCCAUAUCGACCCCAGCUCAAUCAGGGAUGUUAUUCCAUCCAAUAGCUAUAUCAACACCACUUGAAGAUAAUACAUCAACGAUAAAAGACACAUCUGAAAAUAUCAAUCAUCGUUGUACAAAUAGCCAUAUUAUCGUUUUAAAUUCGACAAUAAACAAUCAACGGCAUUUAGUUAAUAUAGCACCGGAUAAGUCAAUAAAUGUUUUACCAGCAGGAAUUCCAUCAAAUGUUCCUUUUUCAGUAUCGCAAACAAACUUACAAGAAAAAUCAAAGGAUGAAAGAGGAAAUGAAGCUCUUCAAAGAGAAAUUUCAAUCAAAGAAGAUGAUGAUCGAUUCAACCGAGUAAAUUUUUUUUUUAAAUAUUGCGACAUCUAG